AGGUGUGGCAAGAUGGCAGAAGAACUCCUGUCCCUAAAGUGGAAUAACCACCAGGCCCAUUUUGUGGAUAUCCUUACAUUCCUGCGGGAACAGGAAAUCUUUGUGGAUGCCACUUUGGCCUGUGGUGGAAAGCUAUAUGCAGCACAUAAGUUUGUUCUCAGUACCUGUAGUGACUAUUUUAAACAGAUGUUUACUAAGAACCCUAGUAAACAUCCAAUAGUGUUUAUGAAAGAUGUGACAUCCCGUGAUCUCGAAGCUCUUUUGGACUUCAUGUACAAUGGUGAAGUGAAUGUUCCUCAGUCUAGUCUAGGAUCUCUUAUUAAAACUGCAGAAGGACUACAAAUAAAAGGUUUAGCAGUGCCUGAUGACCCUCCUGUUUCUAAAAGAGAACGGGAACGUGAUAGAGAGAAAAAAGAUAGUAAAACGCAACAUGAACACCACAGUCCCCCAGCUAAGAGAGCGAGACCUAGAGAAAGAUCGCCUCCACACUCCACUCCCUCCCAACCUCCAGCGUCCCUCCCACAAUCCUCGUAUACUUCGACAACACCUACAGUGCCCAGAUCUCGAUCCCCCCAGCCCCCUGCCCCUUCAGCUGGUGCUUCUCAAAUUGGUAUACCCCCUGUGGAAGCAACUCUAGAUGAGGACAGUAGAACAAGUGUACAGAGUGGUGUCAGUGGACUCAGUGAACAAAAUUCGAGCACAACACCUAGUCUAAGUUCUAAACAAGGCAGCAGUCAACCCGUGGGUAAUACGGGAGACAAUGCGUCUCAGUUAGACCAGUUGCCACCAAGUCAUAGUGGAGAAGAGCCCUCACCUGGGCCAUCUGGAAUCCACAAACCCCAACAGUCAAAAGAAGAGCCAGAAAUGGAGAUCAAGCAAGAAGAUGUGGUGGACCUAGGAGAAGAGGAUGAAGGGGACUGGGGUGUUGAAGGGGAUGGGGGAGGGGGUGACUCCUCAGUUGGGUCUGAAAACCAUCCCAACUUCCCCGAAGUAAUGCUACCCCAUACAGAUGGAUCCAUGCCUCCCUCUGGAGAUCCAGCAAUGGUAGGCGGUGCGAGUCAUGGUGGGCGAAGCUUGAUGGCCAUGACGAUGCCGCUAGCAGUGCCAUAUUGGCAGCCAGCACCUGCUGCUUCAGAAGUAGGCAUGUGGGGCAGGAGCAGUGGGGUACGGGGUGCAGGGGAGCGCCGCCACACAUGCUCAGUGUGUGGGAAAGCCUUCAAGCUGAAACACCACCUGGUAGAGCAUGCUGUCGUCCAUCGUGCUGAGAAACCAUUUUCUUGCCCUCUUUGUCCAGCAGCCUUCAAACGUGCCAAGCAAGUCAAGUAUCACAUGCGCCUUCAUCACAGAUCUCAUGCCAAUAUGUCACCAAAUGAGAGCUUGCAUUCCACCUCAAACACCAUGCACCAGUCACAGUAAAUUUACAUAUGAAAGAAAUAAAAGAACAGAAUAAAUGUUAUUACAACAUUAAAUCUAUCGGUCAAGGUGUUGGCUUUUCAAGACAGUGGCUAAUAAGGAAAUCUAGACAAUUGGACUGAAAUUGACUGCAGUGAAAAUUAGCUAGUAUGUAUGAACUGAAUAAAUGUGAAGAUGGUGUAUAUAUUUUCCAUGUAAAUAUCUUUUGAUAGAAACAAGCAUUUUUUGACAUACAUAAAAGAGGCAUGUUAACACGUGUAUAUUUGUUUUUAUUGCAUUCCUUUUUUUUAUAUACUAAAGCAGGAAACGUAUUUAGACUAUUCUCAGUUAUUCUUUUUAGAUGAAAAUUAUAGUUACUUGGUUGUUAAUUAUGAAUAACCCUGUAUUUCUCUAAAUAUAAAAAACAAUUUGUUUUUGUAAAAGGGCAGCAUUCAAUAUUUCUCUUCAUUUUUAGAUAUAUCCUGUUAUCUAACCAGUCUCAUUUGACUUCAAAUUCUUUGCAACUGCAAUAUUAUCAAAGCCCAUGGACUUUGAGAUGUAAAAUGAGAAAUGGAUGGUGAAAUGAAGAUUUUAAUGGAGAUAAAAUACUAGGUCAUUGGUAAAUAAAGUACAAUUUGAUAAUUCGUACUAGUGGGAAUUACUCCUACUAGUAUGGUAUGACAAAUUCUUGUUAUUUAUAAGAUUUUAAAUAUAUAUGAAUGAAAAGUAGAUAAAUACUUUCAAUUUUUUUUAUAAUUGUGUAGAGUACUAAUUAGCUCUGGGGUGAAUAUGAGAUUUCUGGUAUUUGUGCAGUAUUUUCAUUGGAAAGCAUUUCCUGAGGAAGUGCCUUUUCAGUGUUAGGCGCUAAUAUCAAGUUACCUAAAACGGUUUUGAGAAUGUGCUACAAUGAAGAAGGAAGAUUUUAUUUUUACAGUGUCAACAUAGUUGCACAAUAUGCAUUGUAUAAGACUAAGGGAGAUAUUGGGAAAAUUAAGCACCAUUUAGCUGAACAUUACAGUUGUAAUGGUCCUAAAAGACAAACAAGAAUAAUUUUAUUCCACAAAAGAAAUUUCUCAGACAAGCUAAUCAAGUAUGUAACACUGAGAUUAUAUUGCAGAAUAAUGUGAUGAUGAUAUGGAAUAUAUACUAUAUAAAUGCUCUCUUUUCCCUGCUUAACCUCCUUUUUUUAAAAGUUGUUUUUCCCUUUGAUGUCUCCAUUAUGUUUUAUUGUGAAACAUGUGUUACUUUUUGCAAAUAAAUGAUAUAUGGAUAACCAUUCUUCACUGAAAAUAGCAGUUAUGUUAGAUACAUUAUUUUUGCAAUUGAUUUUUUUUUCUUUCUUUUUUUAAGAUCAUUGUAUAAAAUAGAUUUUCCACUACUUUCUAGAGUUUAUGUUAAAUUCUAAUUAUGUAUUUUUUUAUGGACCAUGCUCUUCUGUAGACAGUAACAAUAGGGCACUUGUUGAUAUUGCCCUGAUCAUAAUUUUCACACCAGUUCCUGCUUCAGCUCAAGAAGAAAAGUCUGAAAAGAAAUGGCUGACCAAAAGAGAAUAGCAUAGCAUUUUUAAAGAAUCCGGGUGAGAAUUCAAAUUUUAAAAGCAUCUGUCCAAGCAAAAACAUAAACAGUGAAGACAAGUAAGCAUAAUAAAUAUCAUUAACUCUUAUAUGGCCAGUGGCUUAAUAUUAUAAUCUUGUAGGGAAGGGCAGAUGGCAUAAUGUUAGGUCUUGGGUAGUAUGUAAUUUAGUCAGCCCAGAUGGAGUUACUUCACUACUUUGUGCCUGUUGUUUAGGGGGUUUAUAAAUAUUUGACAAAACUAAAUAUCAACCUUUGCUGUAUUAUUACUAUUAUGAUACAAUGAAAAUGAAAAACAUAUUUUUUAUAUUGAAAUGAAAGAAAUUUAAUCAACUUUUAGAUUGCAUAUAUUAGAAGGCUUCUUGGUUGUUUCCAUGUACAUGAAUAAAGUCCAACUAAUUUCAGAAGUGUAGGUGAAGUUGUGUAGAUUGUUGAAAGUAGUGGAAACUAUCCUUGUGUGACAAUUCCAUAAUUUGCUUGACUCAAGUCUAAUUCACUUGAGUGUUUUUUCAUUGAUUUACCUUUUUUAGAAUUCAUUCUGUUUUAUUCCAUUUUUGAUUAUGUUAGUCUUGAGUUGCCUAAUCAAAUUAAUGUGCAAUGAAUAAUUUGCUCUUAAGUACCAUCCCAAUAGAAAUGGAAGUGUAUAUGAACACAUGUAUUUAAUGGUAUACAAACAAGUAAUAGACAUAGAAGUGCCCAUUCUUAUUAAAGAUCGUAAAACAAUAAACCUUUACUUUAACCUCUUCACCUCUCUCAAGGACAGUGUAUCUCAACCAGAUUAAGUGAUAUGGCAUCAGUAAGUGCAUGGCCUGUUUGUUUACUACAAGUUUUCAAUUUUUCUCUGCAGUUUCUGUACACUUGGCAAAAAGAUUGUGAUUUCUAAAGAGAUAUGUUGAGUAUUUUUAUACAACAAUUGUUAAUGAUAUUCAUAGCUCAUUUAUUCACAUACCCCCAUAAACAUUGGAUUGCUUUGGGGAAAAAAGUUUUGGUGGAUCUUAUUCUGCGGUUCUUCCAAUUUUUGCUUAAAUACUUGUGUAGCAAUUGAUAUUCAUAUUCAUGAUAAACAAACCCUGGUGAAAAAAAGGUUAACAUGCUAUAAAUUAUGUAUUUGCAUAAUUGUUUCCAACAUGUAAUAGUGUUGAAAAUAAAUUAUUAUUUUUA